UAGCGUCACGCUGCCACGACUCCGGAACAGUAGAAGUAGUAGCAAAAUCAGCAGCAGCACAUGGAUUGCUACCCAGCAGUGCUUGGGAUUAAUUGCAGAAGACACACUGCUUUUUGCUGAAUAUAAAACAACCACCAAUUCAGUCAUAUCAUAACAUAAAUACACUUAAAAUUAUCGUUCGUUAAGCGACUCCUAUCUGGUAGAAGGUAUCGAUUUUUGGCGGUCCGAGAGAGAAUCCGAGAGUUGCUUCUAGGUAGAACAAAGGUGAAAGUGAAUUUUCUUUAGCGUACCGCCACCGUUAUUGUCUGUUGGAGAACUGUAUCGUGAAAGUGAAAAAAAAAUCCAAUCUACCAUUGUUAUCGCUAUCAUAUACCUAUCAUAAUUAUCCGUUGUUCACAUUUCGAGAGUUUAAACAACCAAAACUAGUAAUCAAAACUAAGCUAAAACCAAUCGAGAAGCAAUAUCUGUUGAACGUCUACGUGUACGUCCUUAUCUCGUAGUAGUGCCCCCAUUCCCCCUCUUGCCUUGCAAAAUCUACACGACAACCCAAUCCUGGUCUGGUAGUGAUUUAUCUUUACGCUGAGCACGUGUUUCCCGUUCCACCAGUUGAGACAACACACCAGUCGGUAGUGCAGUAUAUUGGAGAGAAAAUCUCACCGAAAUACCACGCCAAUCGGCGUACAAAUGUGCACCCAUUAGCUGUUAAUGGUAGUUUUAGUGCUAUACUGAUCCAUAGAUCAAUCGGCGAGGCAAAACGCUUUACAAAAACAAACACCGCGAACCGGAAGAUAAAAGAAAAUCCCGGUUCGGUUCCGUGCGGCGGCCCGGUGACGGUGAAAGAGAACAAAACAGUCACAGGGUAGAGCGAGUGUGCAGAAACCGAUUAAAAGCAAAUAAACAAUUCCGCGGCGGUGGUGAGGUGUGGUGUGUGGAACGACCGACCGCCUAAGUUGGGACAGGGAAAAAGUUAAACGAUUUUCCUCGACACUGCCUGUGAGUAGUAGCGUGAAAACCCCGGCCAGUGAUACUCCAGCCUGUGUGCUAAGAAGCGUGCGUGUGUGCCGGUGUCGGUGUCCGGCCACAAGUGGGUGAACUUUUACCGCAAAGCGGAAAAGUGAAUUCAAAGAUAAAGGCCAUCGCCAUCGGAAGAAGCGGCAAAACUGGAUUGAUUGUUUAUUUGUUUUUUUUCCACCGCACACUUAAGCUAUUCUCAAACGGCGAACAAUUGCCCCGUGUGGUGGGAGGUGUAAGAUGGUCGUGGCUUCUGACCGAUGAAUCUGAGUGUGUGAAUUGUUGUCCACUUUAACCGGUUGAAUUUGUGAGACAUUAUUGUGAAACUGCGAAGACAAAAUCGAAGUAGACUCUAAACUCGUAAGGACUGCUAGGUGGUGUAGCAGGAAACGUGCGUUUUUAUUGGCGAAUAUUAACGACGAACGGAGGCGGAUGCAGUCGAAGUGGAGAAAGUAAUUUCCUAAGAUUGCUGGAUAUGAUGUGAGAAUUGCAAUGACAAUCAGUAAUUAUUCAUGUUAAAUUUAAGAGCGAACUGUUCGAUGAAAUCGAUCUCUCCAAUCUGUGUUUUGCUGAGUGCAGUACCAAGAAUGCGAACCAUAGUUUCCAGCUAAUCACUCCCACCCGUUCGUUAGUGCUGUGCGCUGAAAAUCGUCGAGAAAUGGAAGAGUGGCUGCAAGCCAUGAAAGCUGCCUCAUCGAGGGAUUUUUUCGAGCCGGGGCCACCCGAUCAGCAUGACUUCCUGUCGGGCUACCAUCACUGGUAUGCAACGUCCCAUGCCCGGCCGACCUAUUGCAAUGUUUGCCGUGAAGCCCUGUCCGGUGUUACCUCCCAUGGACUGUCGUGUGAAGUGUGCAAGUGCAAGGUGCAUAAGCGGUGUGCCGCCAAAGCAAUAUCCAACUGUAAGUGGACUACGCUGGCAUCGGUGGGGAAGGACAUCAUCGAGGAUAACGAUGGGAACAUCGUUAUGCCACAUCAAUGGAUGGAAGGCAAUCUGCCAGUUUCCGCCAAGUGUAUCGUCUGUGACAAAACGUGUGGCUCGGUGAUGCGGCUGCAGGAUUGGCGCUGCCUUUGGUGCCGUUCAACCGUUCAUACCGCCUGUAGACCUCAGGCUCAGGUGGCCUGCCCACUCGGACCAGCACGUGUGUCGGUUGUUCCGCCGAUUUCGCUUCAUUCGAUAGGAAUCGACGAUGCUUGGGACGUGUGUAAACCGCAUGGUAGUUUUUCCCCGCUGCUAGUGUUUGUGAACUCCAAAUCCGGUGACAAUCAGGGCGUCAAAUUUCUGCGACGCUUCAAACAGUUGCUGAAUCCGGCCCAGGUGUUUGAUCUCAUAUCAUCCGGUCCGGGGUUGGGUCUUCGGCUGUUCCGCCACUUUGAUCCAUUCCGGAUACUGGUCUGCUCGGGCGAUGGUUCGGUUGGAUGGGUUCUUAGCGAAAUUGAUAAGUUGAGCAUGCAGAAACAAUGCCAAAUAGCAGUGCUUCCACUGGGCACCGGAAACGAUCUUGCCCGGGUACUGGGCUGGGGUAGCUCCUGCGACGAUGACGCACAUUUGCCGCAACUGCUGGAGCGGUAUGAGAGCUCUAGCACCAAGAUGCUAGACAGAUGGAGCGUUAUGGUGUUCGAGCGAGACAUAGGAAUCGUAGCUCCGACGCGCACUCCCAAGAUGUCAAUCUCGCAUCAUCCGGACCCGGUACUGUUUCAGUAUGAGGACGAUGUGCUCGGUCACCUGCAGACGAUUAUAUCCAACGAGGACACAUCAACGAUGGUUCAGGCGACGCGGGAACUGUGCACUGCGGUCAAUGAGUUUAUCGCUAGGGUAAGAGAGAACAGCUCCGACGAAGAGCAAUUAAGCAUCAGAUGUGAUAUUUUAAGACAAAAAUUAGGUAUGUUAUUAGAUACUCUGAAGGAAGAAGAAGCUGGUCUUCAUGGAGACGACGAAUUAUUUCGAACACUGAAAGAAAUUGCUCAAAAAAGUGCCUCAGAAAGACCAAUUGAAACCGAAUUCUCUUCGUAUAAAAAAACGAUAGAAAAAAAUGAGAAAGACAAGCUGAAUUCCAAAGAACGCACAAGUAGACUAGACCAACGUUCGGAGAAAGAAGCACUUUUAUGCCGCGCCAACAGUCUGAAGCGAGCAAUACACGAUGUGUUGAAGUACAGUGAAACCAGUGCCCUGUACAUUCCCCCGAAGCGGCACUCAAUUCCAGUUAACGUGCGAGGAGAACCCUCCCCGGGUGGUUCACCGAAUCCGGCAUCAGCUCAGCAUCCAAUGCCAACGAUAUCGCCAUCGGUGUCCACUUCGCGCCUUACAUGCAUAUCACCUCUGCCGGAUCUGCGGCGGGAUUCCAUGGACGAGCACUUUCUUAGUAGCGUCAACCUACCGGUGCCGAAGCAGUUUGCCGAUGGCGGAAGUCGUCGUAGUUCAGCGGUGCCGGAAAACUAUCGCAUCUCCAGUAUUGAAGAGCUGGAGGAGAACAGCAUUCAUGCGGAUAAAAUUGAAGAGUUCAACAUCACAGUAGGACAGUUUCCCAACAUCGAAGAGAACGUCGACAAUCACGCCAAAGAUGACAAGGACGAUACGUUGAACCAGAAGUCAACCACAACGACCACUUCAGACUCGCAAUCAACGACGGCUCCGUACGAUUUUUCGUUCGAGUCGGACACAAAAACGGUCAAGUUUGAUUUGGAUGCGAAUAGUGCCCUCGAACGGCUUGGAUUCAAACCGUUCAAGAAAGCAUUAGAACUGCACCAUCAACAGCUGCAACAGCAACAGAAGUGCGAAUCCGCCUAUCUGCAGUUCCAGCCGAUUGAGGUGUACGAACGAAAUCUGUAUCGCAACAAUCUGAUGCUGCAACAACAGCAGCAGCAACAGCAGCAUCAGGAACAGCAAAGACCGAGUUGUAACCUUGGCCGAGCAUCCGUACAGAGCAAUGAAUCAACAUCGAAGGUUUCCAACAUGUUACAAGUACCGAACAUUAAUUUUCCGAGCAUGGAGAAACCGCCGGAGAAUGCGUAUUUCAGCGAUAACAUGACCAUCAUCGAUACGGAUAUGCCGGAACGUUCCUCAUCCGACGAAAUACCUGGCGAAGCCAGCGAUGUCCUGUCAGCCAUCAGCAACGAAGAAUGCAGUGUCACCUCGGAAAUUUUGGAUAGACAAUCAGAGAACAAUUCUCAACUACACAUAGCCGACUUAAUACAGGAUCUGGACACGGAUCGGUUCAGCCAUAUAGAUUCACCGGAAACGAGUGACACCACCGAGGCACUGCAUGGUGAAAGCCUAAUGGACGACAUCAGUUCGGUGUUGGGACAGGAUCUGCUGGGGGCCCUAAUGGAUAACACAAUAACCGAGGAUACGACAACGCUGUGUACGUUGGAUCACACAAAGCGGCGCAGUUUCAAGAACAAACAACACCAACAACAGCAACAACGAAUAGAAGGCAACGAGUAUGAACAAUUUGGUUUCGAGAACCGUGUGUUCGACAUCGAUAACAGAUGCGAUGACCAGAAAGUUCGUGAGCCAAAGUACUGCAGUUUGGCGAAGUUUGUAGAAGGAAAUGAUAUUGCUCGGAAGAGCUUCAAACGACCCGCCGGUCGUAGUGGACAAUCUGUAAGGAAUACUACAGGUAGGGUAGUUAGUGUCGUAGAAAAUGAAUAUGUUAACACGAAGGUCUUGGAAACGAACCUGCUGCAACCCCAUGGGUCACCAUCGGAUGUGUCCGGGUCGGAUACGGAGACUGUGCGAACUUCAAAAAUCCAAUACCGGAAGCUAAGUUCAACGGGAACGAAUGCCGAUGACGACAGCUUAUCCGAUGAUGAAGAAAGAGUAGACCGCUCCGAUGAGGAUCCAGAAUCUGAUGGAGCAGUUGGAGGAAAUUUGGACGAUGAUGAAGACAAAGAUAAAGAAGAUACGAAGGAACAAUCGAAUGAAGUUCCGGGAAUACCGACAAUCAAUGUGGUCGUUGAACCACCAUCCCCGGCAAUGAGUGAUGAGUUGCGAUCGCUGAGGGUACCAGAGAUUAGACGCCACUCGAGUCAUCUGCCGAAUUCACUGGCACCCCGUGAAAUGGACAUCAACCGACGGCACUCGGGCAACAAUCCGAAUUUACUAGGUCUAGACUCGGAGCAUAUUCGUUUUCUGAAUUGCUCGCCGGCAGCUACGCGGCGAAUCAGCAGUGGAAGUCUAUUGUUCAAACCGGAGGCGCUGGGAAGUUCCAAAAGCAAUAUCUUUAGCUCCAACUUGGGACUGUUUAAUUUUGAGCGGGAUGCCGAAAGCAAGGAAAAAGAAGAGAAGAAAAAAGAUGAAAAGGAAGAGAAGGUCAAAAAGCUGCCAAUUAUUAAUCCUUUGGUAACGCUUCCAACAUGGCCGAAUGUGAACAGUGGAUUCAUUUCCAAGUGUUUAUUGGCCAAUGCAGAUACUUUGUGUGCCGCGGUCAGUCCUUUGAUGGAUCCCGAUGAAACGCUAAUGGAAGGAUAUCAGGAAAAGGCUGUAAUGAACAAUUAUUUUGGAAUCGGAAUUGAUGCAAAAAUCUCGCUGGAUUUUCACAUCAAACGCGAGGAACACCCGGAGAAAUGCCGAUCACGAGCGAAGAAUUAUAUGUGGUACGGAGUGCUUGGAUCGAAGCAGUGGCUACAGAAAACCUACAAGAAUCUCGAACAGAAGGUUCAACUGGAGUGCGAUGGUCAACGGAUUCCGUUGCCUUCACUGCAGGGAAUCGUUAUUUUGAACAUUCCGAGCUUCAUGGGAGGUACCAAUUUCUGGGGUAGCAAGAAAGAGGAUGAUCUAUUUUUGGCCCAGAGUUUCGACGAUCGAAUUUUGGAGGUGGUGGCCGUGUUCGGAUCUGUACAGAUGGCCGCCUCACGAUUGAUCAAUAUACAGCAUCACCGAAUCGCUCAGUGUCAAAGUAUACAGAUUAAUAUCUUGGGUGAAGAAUGCGUCCCGAUCCAGGUGGACGGUGAAGCUUGGCUGCAGCCACCUGGAAUGAUACGGAUCAUCCAUAAAAAUCGAGCCCAAAUGCUUUGCCGUAAUCGCAAUCUGGAGGUAUCGCUCAAAACAUGGCAAGUGAAACAACGAGCACAAAGUAUCUCAAUAGCGCGAGAUAACCCUUCGACGACAUCGGAAACCCUGGUCGCUCCUUCCGAUGACAUUUUCUCCGAACGAGAGAGCUACUUGCUGCUGAAUUUUAUCGAAUGUGUCGCUACGCUGGUCAAGUGGGUUAAAUUUCUGAUCAUUUCACAUCCCUCGCUGCAGCCAGACUUGUACGCCGUUGCAUCCAAAACGGCUGAUGCACUAGAAUCCAUACAUCCGGGAGGGAAGAUUAUCGAUGGGCCUCACCUUAGGCGGCAGCUGACGGAAUUGGUCAAAUCCGCCCGGCAGUUGUACGAGAACACGUGUGACCUGCUACGCGAACGCUGCCAGAGUCUAAUCCUGCGGGAAGACUUGGAAACGAAACUAAGCGUCUCGCUGGCCAACAUGGAGAUGGAACUGGACAAGUGUAGUCUACAGCAGACAAACGAUGGCGAAACGAAGGUCUAUCUGAACGUCCUGGCACCGAACGAGGACAUGGACCACCACCACCGGAAAAAGCAGAAACCGUUCUGGUUACGCUUCCGAGGCCACCAUCAUCAUCAUCCGCAGAGCUCAGCAGGAGCUACUAGCUCGCGGGAUGCUGUCAAUAAUUGGGGUGUCGGUGAGGUGGUCACCUGGCUGGAGGCAAUGCAGUUGGCGGAAUACGUCGAUAGUUUCAUCAAGAACGAUAUCCGCGGUAAGGAGCUGCUCACGUUGGCUAGGCGAGAUCUGAAAGACCUGGGCGUUACCAAGGUUGGCCACGUGAAGCGAAUUUUGCAGGCAAUCAAGGAUCUGGGAAGCACCGGAGGGUAAGCUGAGACUCCGGUGAGAUAAUGUUCUGAUAUUUCAAAAAGAGGGAGGGAUACCAAAGAGAAAAUGUAGUUUUUAGUUACCUAUAAAUAAAUAACUGUAGUAUGCGCAUCAGACGCGCUCUAUUUACGUAAGAUAAUCAGUUGAAACUAUUCCAAAGCAGUUGUCGAUAUACACAAAAAGAAUGCUGAGACGGUAGAUGAAAAGAGAAAAGCAUUAUAUUUCUUUAAUAAUCAAGGAACUAAAAGACUUUAUUUACUCUUGUGAACCAAUGUUUUUCCAAUCUUUUUAGUAACUAAAUGUUUUUCCUACGGCAUAUGAGAGAGGGAUCGAAAACCUAAAUUAAUAUAAUUAGUAUCUUAAUCAAACCUAAAUACACAUGAGCAGUAGCAGGAACGAUGGAAACAGGAGUCAAACGUUCCGGAGAAGGCAAUACUAACAAGGAACAACUACGAAUACGCUGAAAACCCUAGACUACGACUUAUUAAGACAAACAGGAAUCAAGAGAUAUCAAUUCUAUUUCAUGUGUAAGCGAACAAGCCUAGAACAUAAGCAUAAAGUUGAUUGUGUGUUUCAGUUUCAAGUUCUUGAUCAUUAUUGCUAUGCAGUUGCAUGAAUGCGUACGAGUGGCGAACUUUCAUUUCCGAACUCAUUGUGUUUGUUGGUGUUAGCAAAAAUAAAUCAAAUAAGCUAAAAUUAACCAAAACAACUUUGGAUGUAAACAGUUCAAAUGAAUUCUAAAAUCAAUUAUCAAAAAUAAAACAAAAACAAAUAAAUAAAUAACAAAACAUGAACAAGGAAACAAAAUUAUCGAAAUUUAGCAAACAACCUUUGCCGUUUGUGUUCCUACUUUAGUGCUGUUAAAUGUCUAUUGUGUGCAAUCUAAUGUGAAAGACAAUUUACAUGAAAAAAUACAUACACAUACACACUCAUGCACAUACAAGUAUGCAAUUUAUUGAAAUGGUCAUGCAUUGGUCAACGCAUUCAGCAUCCCCUAUCGUAAUAAUGUAAUUUAUUGAAAUGAGAACAAAUUUAAGAUUAAAAUAAUUAGUAAAUGUUUUCCUCGUAGAAGUUCAUUAGUGUUAAGAGAAAAAAGCUCCGCUGGCCGAAUAUGCAGUGGUGACUAGGGUUCGUCGCGGUGCG